UUGAACGGUCCCAAAUCCAAUCGUAACCUCGUACCACCCACAGCAGGCUCCCCUCGCAACAGUGUGAGCACUCGCCUCGACAGGAACGCCAGCAUCCCGUCGACGAGCAGCCCCUCCCCGUCUCCCCGAGGCGCCCAAAAGAUGGUCCAGACCAUCCGCACAGUACCCUCCUUCGAAGCCGCGAGCGACACGAGCUCCGACACCCACUCCCGAAACUCCGCCUUCUCCAGCUCCGUCAACAGCAACGCGAGCAGCAUGGCCUCCAACCACCAAGACAGGUCCUCCCCGAACGUCCGGCUAAAACAGACAAACGGCGCCGACGCGACGAUGAAGUCCAGAGAUGACUCUCCCCCGAUCGACGACGAAACCGCAGCGGCGGCAGCGGCGGCGGCCACCGACGGACAGGGCGGCCCGGGAUGGGACUCAACGAUCGGCAAGGCUGGCCUGGGAAAGACAGGGCGCGUCAUCAACAAACUCGUCAGCGACAACGAGGCUCUCAAGCGCGACAUCCAGAUCGAGCGGUUACGCGCCGACGAGGCGAAACAGGCCGCGAAGCUCGUCGAGGACAAGAUGGAGCGCCUCAUUAGCGACUACGAAUCCCGCCUGCUCGAGGCCAGCGUCACAAAGACCCUCCUGAGCCGCAAGGAACGCCAGGUCGAGUCCCUCCAGGCGAGCGUCGAGCUCGAGAAGAAGCGUACCUCCGACGCCCAGCAGAAAGAGCGCUCCUGGCGCGACGAGAUGGAGAAGAUGCGGUCCAGCACCACUAAGCAGGUCGAAGACGCAAACACCCACGCCGCUCUCAUGGAGGGGAGGUAUAACGCCAUUAGCUCCCACUGGAAGGACCAGGGCGACGAGGUGAAGCGUGCCCACCUGAAGCUCCGCUCCGAGAUCGCCGGGGUGGUCGAGGAGAGGAGGAGAGACGACGACAAGAUCACGGCGUUGAGGGACCUCUGUGACCAGCAAGACGGCAACAUCAAGGAGCUACAACGGCAAAAGGAGGAUAUAGAGAAGAAGUUCGCGGAUUACAAGGCAGAGCAAGAGGGUGCACUGAAGGGUAUCAAGACGAGCGCGGCGGAGAGGGAAGCGGAGCAGGAGCGGCUACUCGAGGAGACGAGGUCGACGUUGGCGAGGUUGAAGUGGGCGCUGAAUGUCAAGGAGAACGUAAAAGAUCUGCUGCAAUGA